AUGAGCUCCCCCUUCGACAUCAAUGGCGGUGCCUGCGUCGCCAUGGUGGGCAAGGACUGUGUCGCAAUCGCCUGCGAUCUCCGACUCGGCAUGCAAGCGCUGACCGUCUCCAACAACUUUCCCAAAAUCUUCAACUACGCCCCUUCCACCUACCUCGGCAUAACAGGCCUCGCUACUGACGUGACCACCGUCUCCGAUCUCUUCCGCUACAAAGUCAAUAUGUACCGCCUGCGCGAGGAGCGACAUAUCUCCCCCCAAACCCUGGCCAAUCUGGUCAGCUCGAGUCUGUACGAACGACGGUUUGGUCCGUACUUUGUCUCGCCUGUCGUCGCGGGAAUCAAUCAUACCACAGGAAAACCAUUCAUCUGCGGGUUCGACAGCAUCGGGUGCAUCGAUUUUGCUAAGGACUUUAUUGUCAGUGGUACGGCUAGUGAUCAGUUGUUUGGUACUUGUGAGGGUCUUUGGGAGCCUGGUUUGGGACCCGAUGAUCUCUUCGAGACGAUUUCUCAGGCGCUUCUAAACGCCGUCGACAGAGACGCCCUGUCCGGUUGGGGCGCUUAUGUCUAUAUCAUAGAGAAGGACAAGGUUACGAAGCGAUUACUUAAAGGACGUCAAGAUUAG